AGGAAGACAUAGUUAUAUGCAAAGUAUACAGGAAAGCCACUCCAUUAAGAGAGCUGGAACAACGGGCAGCCAUGGAAGAAGAAAGCAGAGUUUCCAUAGCUGACACUUCAUCAACUUCCUCAGGCCAUGAAACCUUACAAAAUUUCACCUAUGAUAAGUUCAUCAAAGACAUGAAGGAGGAGGAACAAGAGUUGUUGCCAAUAGAGGCGGCCGAGGUCUCGUCUUUGCCGGAGGCGAUGAUGAAGCCAUCAGAGCCAGCGGCCGGCCGACAGCUGCCGAGCUUGCCGGAGCUUCAGGUUCCAAGCCAUGGAAGCUUUGAUUGGUCGCAGGAUCCCUUCAUUAAUCAGCUGAGGAGCCCUUGGCUUGAACAGUGGUCUCCUUUAUAUGCUCAAAUGCUUAAUUUUUGAUACAAUGUAUUUUCUAUAUUAUAUAAAUUAUAUAAUUAUAUGAAUUAUUAUUAUUAUUAUUACUAUUAUUUUACAUUGUAUUUAUCUUUUAUCAAUGGUUUUAUGGUGUGAGAGGGGGUUAGAAUAUUCCAUGAGUUGUUGGAUGAAAGAAUUUUUGCAAGAAUCUAAAUGAUGUAUGUGUAUUGAUUUGGGAGUUGGUAUUUUAUUUUAUUUUAUUUUCUUUCUAUUUUUUAUUUUUUUUUUCAAAAUGCGUGCUUCAUGGAGAUGUUUAAGGGGAAGUUUUGCCUAUAUUUUAAUCCGAUGAGCAAAAAAUACUAUUUGUAAUAUGGCAAUUUUGCCAAUUUUA